AAGAUCGAUCCGGCUGGUCGAAGAUAAUAUGUGGGUGUUUCUUAUCGUCUCCCGCUUGCCCGUGGAAGCCUGAAGCUUAAACAGCUGCUCUGCGGAGUGCAGGGGCCGCCUGAACAAAAGCGAGAGCAAAACGCAAGCCCGCAUUGAGAUAUAUGUAUAGGCGAAAUCAGCAAUCAGCGGCUGCACUUAGAAGUCAGCAGACCGAUCGAACAAUGAACCAGCGACUCUAGAAGAGCAGAGUACACAAAGUUGGACUCUCGAGGCAGAGCAACAGGUGACCCACAAUGGCCGAGUUACAGGAACAUAAUCAGCGCCAACUACUGGACUUGUUGUCCGCGGAACAGCGGCAAGUUUUCGAGACCUUUAUACAGUGGCUUCAUGGCAAGGCCACAGGACCAGUGCAAGCCCAUCAGAAUGCCUUGCAAACCAUUCUACGGAAGUCACCCUAUCCCGCCCUGCAGUUACUACAGCUGCUGCAGGUUCAUUCCAAGCUGCACAUCGGACAAAUCAUAGCCGCCGUACUGCAGCAGCUUCUAACUGAAGGCGAUAUCUCAUCGUCGAGUUCUCUUUGUUUUCUGGCAAACUUUCCUGACAGCAUUUUGGAAGCAGCCACGCUACGCCAGAAGCUAAUGACGCGCCUAGCGUAUGAUUCAGCAAGCAAAGAACAUAUUUUGUUAGCGCUGCUGGCCCGAACAGAAGGUACACUGCUGGAAGAUGUCCUUCACGAAAAACAACAGGUCAUGCGAACGCAGUGCAGUGAGGCAGUGGCACCCACCCGAGAAUUGGUCCUGUGGCUAGCCCAGGACCAACAGGAGCACUUCGUGGCCACUAUGUGCCAGCAGCUAAAAGAUUUUGAAGGCUUCCAGGAUCGCACACUAAGGAAUACCUUGCUUAUCCUGCGUCUGGCCAAUGAGUUUACGCUGGGAACCCAGACCUUGGAUGAGCUGGGAUGCCUGGACAAGUGUUUGAAGGAGUUUGACCCUGCUGCAGUGUCCGAAGAGCUGCAAGAAGUGCACAAGUUCUUUUUCGCCGACUUCCAGCGCCUGGCCACUAUGCUCAAUUUUCUGCAACCGAGGGAGGCAAGCAAAACCCUCAAAGUGGAGGCUCUAUUGCGGGCGCCGGGCGUGCUCCCCCUGAUCCACGACUACGGUAUACAAUGCGAGCACCAAGAGCUGCUCGGUCUACUCGAGGACACUCACAAAUGGCAGCUUCAAACUCCGGCACUAAAGUGCCUUUACCAGCAGGAGACGGAAAUCCUCAGCUACUACACGGCGCUCUGUCAUGUCUACAAUAUGAUUCUAGAUCAGGGCGAACAGUCAACCAAGGCCAAGUUGGUGCAGCUUUCCGGACAAAUGAGGCAACUUCAUCAGCUGGGUACGUUGUGUUCUCUGUUAGAGGACAUAUUCCUUUUGGUCUUCCUGCGCUGGGAGCAGCUGGACCAGAGCCCUCAUAAGAGGAGGGAAGAGCAAGACGACGAUGACGAAGAAGAUGAUGACGAACAAUAUGUGGAUGAUGAUGUCACGAAACCACAGCGACCUGCCGCCGCUCCAAGUUACAGUCUGCGGACGCGAUAUGGUUUCAUCUGUCGCUCGCCCUCGCUACAAGCCCUCUUCACCUUUCUCCGGGCCUUUGUCACCAAGAAACUGCACUCGCAGGACUACAAGUGCGCCGCGGAGCAUCACCAGAGAUUCCAACGACUUGUGGACGCUGUCAAUGAGACUCUGUGCAAGUUGGGGGUCCUUAACAAGAUCGAUCAGUCUCUGGCUGCUUCGGCACCUUCUCUAAACUGCCUUCUGGAGCCGGAACAGCUGCUGCAGUUAGUUCAACUGCACAGCACGGCCAAGGAGAAGGCCUCCAGCGAAGACGAGAGCCGAGAACGCAGCAACCACGCAUCCAGCCUUAGCAGGAGAAAGGUCCGAAAGCAACGAAGGGCGGUUAGUUUCAGUGGAGCAGCGGUUUUAAAGACUCCCACAGACGGAGGACUCCCCAUGGAGCAGUACAGAGCCCGGGCCCAGUUGCUCUCUAGCCAUGGCAGGAAGAACUCCUGCGUCAGUUCUCCCGGCGAGCGUUCCAUCAUUCCAAAAAUGUUAAGUACACCGGAGCAACUGGCAAUCAUGGCACUGGCCCUCAAAAACUUUAAUGAUGUCAAGCAGAUCAUCGAGCAGACCUUCCACCUGGAACAGAGCCAGCUUAAUCGAGAGCUUCAGUUCAUGGAGCAGCAGCAGCUGGUUAAGCAAAAGCUGGCCACCAUCUAUGACAACUACCAGGCUUUGGAGUCACGCCACCCAAACUCAGAUGAGACCACCGUGGAACAGAUCAAGGGCGUGGCAGCCAAGGGCUUCGAGCUGUCCAAGAUCAUUAGUGUGGUAGACAACUUCGCCCAGGCUCAGCGCCUGCAGCAGAGUCCGGAAUUGAAGGCGCUUAUCCUGCGGCAUCAGUCCGGUUUCCUGCAGCAGUUCGAGGAGCGCAACCUGAACGCUUUAAUCAUCUGCGACCUCAUUGUGAAUCUGGGCUUCAACCGUGAGAUUACGAGCAAUCUGCUGUUGGUCAUUCGCCGUCAGCAGCAGCUUAAGGUGACCGGCGACGAGGCCAUUUCAAGCUCUAACUCGACUGAGAUUGGCGCCAUGAACCUCCUGCAAAAUCUCUGCGAGUGUAUGCGUCUCUUGGAGAGAUCUGGCCAGAAGCCCGCUCUAAAUAAGCUACUGUCCCGACAGAGCUAUCCCCUGCGCCCUUCGGUUCUGGCUAUGCAGCUACAGCGGGAAGCCGCUUUUCAAACCAUAUACGGACGGGAACCUGCUCAGUACUCACAUGGUCAGGAGCUAAGGGCGAAUGCCGGACAGUUCCAGCAGCUUCGAUCGCGAUGGAAUUACUAUGCCCGCUUCUGCAACUAUGUUCAGCAAUUGGCACGCCUCCUACAGCUCAGGGAUCCCAAUCUGGAGUAUCACAAUUCGCAACUCCUCCGAAACGAUCCCUACGAAGUUAUAGGAGAGCUGAUUUAUGAGUGUGGAAUCACGCCGCUGGAGAUCGAGUCCAGUGUGGCUGCACUUCACCUGAAUCUCGUCCAUGUGAUUGCCCUCAACAUCUGUCCCGAGUUGGGAGAAGAAGCAACGACGAGCACGGCGAAGAAAUUACCACGGGUGGUGGCGCCGCAAAAACAGGAAUCCAUCCACAACUACAUGGCCCAGCACAACCAGCUGCUUGCCCAGAUUCUGCAGGCAGUGCAACUGGGCAGCCUGCCGGAUAGCGAAUUGGGCUUGGACUUUUCCUGCCUGGAACAUUUGAUGCAAAUGCCGGAGGUGGAGUGCCUGGCUGGCAUGUAUGAUGGAAAUCGCGUGCUGGCCGCCCUGAAUACCUACAAGUUGGACAGCGUAAGCUUGGAGAAAUUAGUGUCUGAUCGGGAGCAACUGCUGCAGAUCCUGCUGCUGGGCAUGGGUAAUCAAUCAGAAUCUCAAGAGCAACUCAAGUCAAGGAUCGACCACCUUAUUGCAGAGCUGAUCAAGCAAGAUCCGCGUCACAUCCAGCUCGUGGUGCACAUGAGUGACCUUGGCCUUCGUGCCAGUCUGCUAAAGGAGCACUUCACCCGCAUCUCGAGCAGCCAGCUGGCCAGGGAGCUCAUUGAACGGACCGUUCAACACCACAGGGCUGCCAAGGAGAUCCCACCCUUGCUGCGCUCCCAGCUUGAGCACACUCUGUCGGACAUAACCAUAUAUGCCAAGGUGUCUGCUCUACUGCAGUUCGAGAGCUGGCCACAAGCCUACGAUUUCGGCAGACAGACGCCAAACGUGAUCUUCGAGCAAUUGCUGCAACGGUGUCGUUUCGGCUUGUGCCUCGAAUGGAGCCGCGUGGUCUACCUGGCCGGUUCGGCAGGCCAGCAAAGAGUGUGCCUGCUGACCCUGCUGGAUGCUCUCUUGGAACUGAAGGACGGCGAAGAACUGGACGAGAACCUGUUGGGCAUUGUGGAGAUGUUCCCACCCAGUUCCCUGGUUAACUUUCUCGACACUCACAAGGAUAAGUUCAGGUCGCUGCCGCUGCUGCAGUGGGUGAUCGAUUACCUGGAGGGCCAUGCCCGUGACCCGCGGCUGUACAGGAACUACCAGCUCUCGUUGGAACUGCUCCGCCAAAUGGCACCUUCAGAGCGAUUGCAGUUUUGGAAAUUACUAAGACAUCCUCUGCUGAUCGUGGAGCAGCUGGUAAUGAAUGCCCGGUUUGAGCUUCUAGGCAAGCUGCUGGAGGCGGCUCGCACGAAGUUACAGAAGGAGAAACCCCUUGGUCCAUGUCCCUAUUGUUUCGAGAAGCGCGGUCACGUCUACGAUGUCCAGCCCACCUCAUCACCUGGAGCAGGCGGAGGUACUGCAGCCAAAGUGCGCUUCCAAUUGGGACAAACGACUUCGGAAGCCUUUAUCUUGCUGAACUUUAACUCCUACCAGCAGGAUCACUUCGUGGGCCAGGAGUGCUUGGACCUACUACUACGGAUUUACGCCAGCAAGGCAUUAGACUACCAUGUAGCCAAUUUAAGACCUGACUCCGAGCCCAGUUCCCUGGGCACGGAUGUUCAGAAUUCGCUGGAUUCCCUUUGCGGCGCCUUUGUGAUGCCUAAGCAAGCUCCGAGCCGCCAGCAAUGGACACGGGAUGAGGAGGCCAGUCACUGCAUGUGCUGUCGCCGGGCUGCUUUCACCAUGCUAAUGAGACGCCAUCACUGCCGUCGCUGCGGCCGCGUGGUGUGCUACGCCUGCUCCACCCAUCGGAUGCGCAUUCCGGAGCUCUACGACGAACUGGAGGUGAGAAUUUGCAACGAUUGUGCCAGCAGCUCGGCUCCCAGGGACCAAGGAGAUGGUGUCUCCAGUGAAAGGAGUAAUAUCUCCGGAUCUGGUUCGUCCUCGGGUUGCAGCGAAGUCUGCAAGUGGCGUCUCAGCGGGAUUAUCACCCAUGAUAAGGUGAUGCGCGAGGAGUUCAGCUACGAGCACGCACCGAGUGUGGCCCUCAGCUUGUCAAUCCUCCGCCAUCAUGUGGAACAGCGAAGCUGUGUUGAACUAUUGCUCUUUCACUGCCGCAAGCUGGAAAAGCUCAUUGUGCCGAAUCCGGAAGUGGACUACGGCCUGGUGGCCAAGAUGAUCAACUGUCUGGCCUUUGCCGCCAAGGUUCGCGGUGCCCCCGGAGAGUUUGAGAACAUUCGCGAGCACUCUGAGAUCGUUAUGGCUGUUGUGCAGCAGGGCUGUGAAUCCUUGAUACCAGCAGGACCUCUGAACAACCACAAUCUGCGCAAGCUAGCCGAUGCCUUGGUGGAGGCUGAACACUGGACACUGGCCCUAGAGGUGCAUCUCAAGUUCGGGUUCGCUACCACUGGCGUGAUGGCUGCUCAUGGUUUGGCUUGCCUGCGUGCUGGUUGCUACGAUGCAGCCCGCGAGAAGUUCGCCCACUGCAUGACAAGGCUUUCCAGCGAGCAGAUAAACAGCAGCAUCUAUAAGGCCAUUUUUGGAGGCUCUACUGCCACCGAAAGUUGCCCAAUUCUGCCCAAGAAGCGACCCCAAAGAGGUCCUGCUUUGCUCCAGGAAAUUCUUCUAUUGAUAGCUUCAUUGCCGCAGACUCAGCCCCAGCCGGAGACUCUGCACCGGGCCUCUCUCAUCCGAAGCUCGAAUUCUUCGCUAGCCUCUCUCUUUUCGCGACGCCGGGAGCCCUAUGUUCAGCAACGACCGCUCCAGGAGCCGGCUUUGAACGUGAUGAACGCCCUGGCGGGGCUCAAAAAUAUAGCCAAGGGAAACUACGGCGGACAAAUACCAGCCAUCGAGGAAGGACGUCGACAGGAGCGCGGUUUUGAGGAGUCCCUACACUACGUCCUCACAUACGGGAGCCACGGUGACAUCUUGACCUUCCUGAUGCUUCGCGAUGAGCUACGCCCGGCCCUGCGCUACUGGCAACUCCAUCAACUGGACGCUGAUCUCUUCAUCCAGCACAUCUUCCAGCCACAGCUGCAGUGCGGCACCUUGCCACUUCUGGUGGACGAACUGCAGCAGAUGGAGGAUCCUCAGCUCAGUUCGUGGCGUGUGCCGUUGCUUCAGACCUGCCGCCACCUAGAGCAGCAGCAACAGCUUAAUUCGCUUUACCAACUGCAGCUUCUCCUGAAGGAUCCAAUCAGGGCCAGCAUGACUUGCGUGAAGUUCUACGCCCUGAACUGCGAAAACUUCCAGAAGAUGCAGGCAAACGCUCAGCACUUGGUAUCGGCGCACAUGCACCUGCAGGGUGAGCUUGAUCUCGCCGAGUGGGAGCACCUGCAACGACAGCAGCAGCAACACCAGGGAAGGCGUGGCAGCGGGGCGAGUGCUGCCAGCGUAAGGGGCGCUUGCUUUGCCAUGCAAAUGGAUGCUAGGGCUCUUAAUGGACACAUCAACACCAUACGGCGGCAGCUGGAAGUGGUCAAGUUCCUGGCGAAAUGCGAGCGGGAACAGGCACCUGAUGAGCCGCUAAAAACUAUGCAAACGCUAAAGCAGAUCCGACUGGAGUCCAACCGAGGCACCCUGCCCACGCUGUUUGAAGGCGCCUCAGAUCGAAUCCAACUGGCCAUUCUGGUUCUGCUUUGCGGAAAGAAUAUAGACGAGGGAUUUGGCCUGGCCUAUGGAAUAAUGCAGGACUACAAGUUGGCCACCAUCAAGGUCUUUGGUCCCACUGCCAAGUAUCUAGCCAGAAAUCAGCGCCUGGCAGAGGUGGAGCGCCUUCUCGACUGCAUUGGAAGCAAUAAUGGCGACGGUGGGGGAGGAAUCUCCGUAGAGUCUGAUGAGAUCCUCUCCAUUGCCAUCAAUGCCGCUGUGCACAGCAACGUCCCCGAGACGAAGCACACACUCGACCGGCUUAUCAAUCGCAUCGGCAGUGUGGAACUGCGCAUCUCCUCCUAUAUCUACAUCGGACAACUCAAGUCCGCCUAUCUGCUGGCCAACAAGCACGAGCGCCUGAUGGACAUCCGGAGAAUCCUGCGGCAGGCGGAACUCACCGGCCAGGUGCACAUCAAGAAGCUGUGCGAGAUGAAGCUCCAGCUCAGUGCCCCGCCAACGUCUCUGUGAUAUCGUAACCCCUCGGGCAAUACCAAUUUACAAUUAGUUUUAAUAAUCAGAGCUUUUUAGCAGAUGUGAUUAGGCGAGAAAUAGAGAUUGGUAACUAUAAAUUGAUAUCUCUCGGGAUGUCUGCCCAAGCUCAAUUCAAUUGAGAUAAAGCUGCGUCUUGAGAUACAAUUUUAGAACUACCAUUUUACUAUUUGUUGCUUGAAAGCCUUUGAAUAGAAUGCCCCUCCUAUAUAUUCUCUGUCUGGGCUAGAAUAGGAAAUCUUUUUUAAUUAGAAUUUAAUAAUUGCCUAGAUAAAAUUUUAAUCUUUCCAAAGGGCCAGCAAGUAUUCCACCCUCGAGCUCAAAGACUCUCCCAAAUAACCAAAUUAUAUUAUAUUGAUUGUAUUUGUAUUAUCUCAA